GCAGCACCCACCAACGAGAAGGUGCCGGCUGCCACCGAGGCCCAGGAUGGAGGGAAGGAUGAGAAGGAAGAGCCUGGGAAGGUGAAGGCUCCAGCUGUGGGAGAGCCCAAAGGAGAGCAGGCAGCACCCGCAGCGGGGAAGGGUCCUGCUGUAGCAGAGGCUCAGGACAAAGGGAAGGAUGAGGCCAUGAAGGGACAAGCCCCUGAUGGUAAAGCAGAGCUCAUGGAGGAGAAGGCUCCAGUGGCAGCGGAGGCUGAAGGAGGGAAGGUAACACCUGCAGAGGAGACAACCUUGGCUGUAGCACAGGCUCAGGAUGGAGGCAAAGGGGAGCCCACAAAGGAGAAGACCACAGCCUCUGUAAAGGAGAAGGUCUCAGUGGCUGCAAAGGCUCAGGAUGGAGGGAAGAAAGCUGCAAAGGCAGAGAAAACCCCAGCUGAUAAAAAGCCUGCAAAGGAGAAGGCUCCAGCUGCUGGGAAGGCCCAGGAUGGAGAGAAUAAAGUGGCAAAGGCAGAAAAAGCCCCAGCUACAAAAAAGGUUCAAGAUGUAGGCAAAGAGGAGCCUGCGAAGGAGAAAAGCACAGCUCCAGUGAAGGAGGAAACCACAGCUCCUGUGAAGGAGAAGGGUCCAGCUGCUGCAGGGGUUCAGGAUGAAGAGAAGGCAACAGCAAAGGCAGAGAAAGCCCCAGGUGCAAAGAAGGCUCAAGUAGGAGGUAAAGAGGAGCCUGCGAAGGAGAAAAGCACAGCUCCUGACGGAGAGAAUAAAGUGGCAAAGGCAGAGAAAGCCCCAGCUGAUAAAAAGCCUGUGAAGGGUCCUGCAGAAGAGAAAACCACAGCUCCUGCCAAGGGGAAGGUCCUGGCUGCUGCAAAGGCCCAGGAUGGAGAGAAGAAGGGGACAAAGGCAGGAAAACCUGCGGCUGCAUCGAAGGCGCAGGAUGGAAGCAAAGAGGAGCCCGCAAAGGGGAAAACCACGGCGGCUGCCGAGGAGAAGAGCCUGGCUGCUGGGAAGGCUCGGGAUGGAGGGAAGGAAGGUGCAGAGCUGGGACCCCCCGGAGCUGUGGCUGGGGCUGGAGGCCAGGGGCCCGCGGAGGCGGCAGCGGAGGCUCAGGGCGAAGGGGAGAAGGUGGCAAAGGUGGAGGAGACGGAGGAGCAGCAGCCGAGGGACCCCGACCCCCCACGCCCGGCUCUGCUGCAGAGCCUGAGCUGCCCGGCUGCCUGCCAGAG